UAUGGCGAAGAGGACUCUGAGUAUUCAGAAUACAUGGAGUUCUCUGAUGAUGAGCAGAGUUAUGAGGAAUCAGAAACUGGCAUGUUAUCGGAGGAGGAGGAGGAAAAAAGUAUGGAAGGCAUUAAGCUUAUUCAUUUUGGUGGGAUUUAUAGGCGAGUUCCAAGUUUUUUUAAGUGCCUCCUCUCCAGUCAAUUGCCAGUGGGAUUCCUAUGCUCCUUGGUCAGAAUGCAAUGGCUGUACCAAGACUCAGACUCGAAGGCGGUCAAUUGCUGUUUAUGGUCAGUAUGGGGGCCUACCUUGCGUCGGAAGUGCCUUUGAAACACAAUCCUGUGAACCUACACGAGGAUGCCCAAUAGAAGAGGGAUGUGGAGAGCGUUUCAGGUGUUUUUCAGGUCAGUGCAUCAGCAGAUCUUUGGUUUGCAAUGGGGAUUCUGACUGUGAGGAAGAUAGUUCUGAUGAAGACAGAUGUGACCACUCAGAAAACAGACCUUCCUGUGACAUUGAUAAACCUCCUCCAAAUGUAGAAUUAACUGGAAAUGGUUACAAUGCACUCACUGGCGCGUUUAGGAACAAAGUCAUCAACACUAAAAGUUUUGGUGGUCAGUGCAGAAAGGUGUUUAGUGGAGAUGAAAAAGAUUUCUACAGACUGAGUGGAAAUGUCCUCUCCUAUACAUUCCAGGUGAAAGUAAAUAAUGAUUUUAAUUAUGAAUUUUACAAUAGUAGCUGGUCUUACGUAAAGCAUACGUCGACAAUACAUACAUCAUCUCAUAGAAACAAAUUCUUUUCUGUAUCUUCGUCAUCUGAUUCAGACAUUCGUACUUCAAGUAAAAAGGAAAUCCAUACGAAAAAGAGUUACCAGUUAAUGGUUAUUCAGAACACUGUGGAAGUGGCUCAGUUCAUCAAUAACAAUCCAGAAUUUUUACAUCUUGCCGAGCCAUUCUGGAAGGAACUCACUCACCUCCCCUCCCUCUAUGACUACAGUGCCUACCGAAGACUAAUCGACCAGUAUGGGACUCAUUAUUUGCAAUCUGGAUCCUUAGGAGGAGAAUACAAAGUUGUAUUUUACAUGGACUCAGAAAUAAUGAAAGAAAAAGAUUAUAGUUCAGUAGAUAUGAAGGAAUGUGCUUCCUCAAGUAUGAAUUUUUUCGUUGUCAAAUCAUCAAACAGAAAAUGCAAGGACUUGGAAAAAGCCUUAAAAUCAGCUUCAGGAACCGAGGGCAAUGUGUUGCGAGGAGACCCAUUCGUCAGAGGGGGAAGUUCAGGCUUCAUAGCUGGCCUUAGUUUCCUAGAGCUGGACAAUCCUGCUGGAAACAAAAGGCGGUAUUCUGAGUGGGCAGGAUCUGUGACUAAUCUUCCCCAAGUCAUAAAACAAAAGCUGACACCUCUAUAUGAGCUGGUAAAGGAAGUGCCCUGUGCCUCUGUGAAAAGACUCUACCUGAAACGUGCUUUGGAGGAGUAUGUGGAUGAAUUUGACCCCUGCCAUUGCCGGCCUUGUCAAAAUGGUGGCAUAGCCACUGUUGAAGGGACCCAGUGUCAGUGCCAUUGCAAACCAUACACAUUUGGUGUGGCAUGUGAGCAAGGAGUCCUCGUAGGGAAUCGGGCAGGAGGGGUUGAUGGAGGUUGGAGCUGCUGGUCCCCUUGGGGCCCCUGCGUUCAAGGGAAGAAAACAAGGAGCCGAGAAUGCAAUAACCCUCCUCCCAGUGGGGGAGGGCAAUCCUGUAUUGGAGAAACGUCAGAAAGCAGGCAAUGCGAAGAUGAGGAGUUGCAGCAUUUUCGAACACUUGAACCACAUUGUUUUCCUUUGUCUUUGGUUCCAACAGAAUUCUGUCCAUCACCCCCUGCCUUGAAAGACGGAUUUGUUCAAAGUGAAGUUGCCACGUUUCCUGUUGGGAUAAACAUAGUGUACACUUGCAAUGGAGGCUAUUCUCUUAUUGGAGACCCUGUUGCCAGAUGUGGAGAAGAUUUAAAGUGGCUUGUUGGAGAAAUGCAUUGUCAGAAAAUAGCCUGUGUCCUACCUGCACUGAUGAAUGGCAUGCAGAGCCAUCCCCAUAAGCUCUUCUACCAAGUGGGUGAGAAGGUGACCUUUUCCUGUCCAAGUGGCAUGUCCUUAGGAGGUCCUUCCGUCUUUCUCUGUGGCUCCAGCCUUAAGUGGAGCCCUGAGAUGAAGAAUGUCCAGUGCGUGCAUAAAGGAGCAACUCUGACCCAGGCAGUGCCUGUAUGUCAGCCCUGGGAGAAACUGCAGGAUUCAAGAUGUGUUUGUAAAAUGCCCUACGAAUGUGGAUCCUCCUUGGACAUAUGUGCUCAAGAUGAGAGAAGCAAAAGAAUCCUGCCUCUGACGGUUUGCAAGAUGCAUGUUCUUGCCUGUCGGGGUAGAAAUUACACUCUUGCUAGCAGGGAGAGCUGUACUCUGCCGGCUGCAACCGAGAAAGCUUGUGGUGCAUGUUCACUAUGGGAAAACUGUGACGCCCACAGCAGCAAAUGUGUCUGCCGAGAAGCCUCGGAGUGUGAGGAAGAAGGGUUUAGCGUUUGUGUGGAAGUGAACGGCCAGGAGCAGACUAUGAGGGAGUGCGAGGCUGGAGCCCUGAGAUGCCGAGGGCAGAGCGUCUCCAUCACCAGCAUCAUGCCUUGCGCGGCGUAAACCCAGUAGGCUCCUGAGUGCGCUCGUGGCCUUGCUCGGAAGCCUGCAGCCAACUGUGGCGGAGCAAAAGCAUGUGCAUAACCGGACGCUUUUUCUUUCAGACAGCGUUUCCAGCACGGAGGCACGUUCCGCUUCUCAACUCCCAGCCAUGUGUAUAAUAAGCACAACUCUUUGUUCUCUCAAACCCAAAUCCAGAUACUCUUUUUUCAAUUUUUUCUUUGUUUUAACGUUAGGACUUAGGUUUGUAUGAACUGUGUGUUAUUGGAAAAAAUUGCCAACUUCUCUAGACCUUAAAUUUCUUAAUCUGUGGAAUUAGACUAGAGAAACUGGAAUGUUCAUUCGGCCCUGUGAUUCUGUUAAGUAUGAUUGAUCCAGCACCUGGGCCAGAACACACUUUACAAAUUGAUUAGGAACAAAGAAAGAACAUGAUUGCCUGAUUAGAGAGGUUGACUUCCCUGAAUGAAACCAAAUACAAAGGAGAUCUUGGAUGAAAAAAGACAGACUCAAUGAUUUCCAUCCCAAGUAGUAAACUCACAAUUCACCUUAUUUAAUCAAGCACCACAUGGAGGGGGUCCCAGGCCCUGUUCUUGUCAGGAGACUGAAACACUUAGAUGUCAUGCUGUGGUCAUGGUGCCAUCUGCCUUCUUGUCUGAGAAUAAAUACAAUUCAGUCUUCUCUUUGGGGGGCUUUUCUUUAGUAUGUGUCAAACACAAGGCCUGCAAUUUGACCUUUUUUUUUUUUGGAUGAAAGCAUCAGUUCAUGCUUAGCUACUACAUGUGACUGCAUAUUGCAGAGGACAGGUUUCCCUAAUACAGACUCGCUUCUAGAUUUUUCAGGGGUAACCAGGUAGGUGAGUUUGAAGCAAUGGCCUUCUAUUUAUUUCUUAUUCAUCUCUCAUUAAAACAACAAAGCAGCUGUGGGAGGUGAAAUGAGUGGGUUUAUAUGCAAUUUGAAAUGUGCUGUUAUAUGCAAAUAAUAUCGCUGUAUUUUUCUUUUACUGAUAAAUACACUUUAGCAAAACUUUAGUUAAAAUGGCAGUGAUUAAAAAACUCAUUAAAGAUACUAUUCUCUGGAUUUUUAUUAUGUUUCUGUUUAGAGAUUUUUUUCCAUGAGGCAUGAUUACUGUGCUCUUCCCUGAAUUGUUAUGUCUGAUCCAGACUCAGCUUUUUAUAUCAAAUUGUCCCUUGAGAGAAGAUUCAGAUAUAAUACAUGAACGGUACAAAGAAGCAGGUUUAAACUGAAGGAAAACUUCAUAACAUCAGACAAUGUUUAAUCAAAGCCAAUUGCAUUGUCAG